AUGGACACUUUUUUGCGGGAUGCAGUUACCACUGUUGUUACAUUAAGCCUUAAUGAGCUCAUUGUUCUUAGUCAUGGUAAACAUCUACGGUCAAGCACAGGGAUAUUCCAAGAAAAGGAUACAACAAACAAACCAUCGGAAAAGAAAACCGGCAGCGGCGUAGAACUACUUGCAAAGAGUAAUUUACCCAUUGCAACACUCAACGAAAUUAAACUAAAUAAUGAGUUAAAGAAACUCAUUGAUAUAUACAUUGAGACCAUGGAAGAGUUGCAAAACACAGGAACCAUUGAAACACUACUUGCAACUAUUAAUCAGCAGAUUGCAAAAAACAAAGAGCAAGAUAAAGUAAUUCAAGAACACAAUUCAAGUACGUUGGUCUUGAAAAAUCUUAAGACAAAACUCACCGACUUUAAAUCCGAAGCUGAGGAAAAACUUUUAAAAGCUAGUGAAACUUUAAAUAUCUUAAAGUCCGAUUGGCGGAUAAUAAGUAAAGUUAAUGAAUUGGAGUAUGAGUUGGUGAAAAAGUGGGAGCACACUAGAUUUACACAGGCUGUUGUUGUUGGUGAAAAAGAAGAGGAGAAUCUUGAAAAGAUGUACGCCAAAUUUGUUGCAAAAACAAAUACAGAACAAAGGGUUAUAUUUGAUUUUGAAGCAUUUUCCAGGAGGCAAUUCGAUAAAUACUCGGAUAUGAUCGAAAUGUGGAAGAAGAAAUAUUCAACUGAAUUAUCAAAACUUUUGAUAAAUAUCAAAGAAAAGGAAAAUAAAAUUAAAGAAGUGAAUAAAACAUAUAAAAAGCAUUAUGAGAUAUUUUGUAAACGAAAGAUGUUUAUCAAAGAGUAUAUGGAGCAAAAAGCUGAGCAGAAUCGUUUGUAUCAACUUCAAAUGCUGCGCAUACAGUCAGCAGUGAAAAUUCAAGCUUGGUGGAGGGGAUUGAUGGUACGCAGGUGUCUCGGACCUUUUCGGAAGAAAACAAAGAAAAACAAGAAAGGAAAGAAGUCAAAGUAA